UUUAUGAAAGAAAUAUUGUCAACUUAAAUAUAGGGAAAGAAAGAAUAAAGGGAAUCAUAUUUAAAUAUGAAAGAAAUAUUGUCAACUUAAAUAUAAGGAAAAAAAUAUAAAAAUAAAGAAAUAUGAAAAGAAAUAUAGGGAAAGAAAUAUGAAAGAAAUAUUGUCAACUUAAAUAUAGGGAAAGAAAGAAUAAAGAAAGAAUAAAGGGGAAAGAAAGAGAUACAAAACCUUUCAUCUAGAGUACACAAGAGAGAGAGAGAGAAACAAUGAUGAUAUCUGAUCUUCCGGCAGAUUUGCUAGAUGAAAUACUCUCUAGGGUUCCGGCCACAUCUCUAAUACGAUUGAGAUCUACUUGCAAACAAUGGUACAAUUUAUUCAAAGACCAAAUGUUCGCCGAAAAGCACCUUCGUAACGUUCCAAAGCAGCUUCGUGUUCUCACACUGAAGGAAAAUAGGCUUUUUCUGCCGAGCGUAGAUCUGAACUUUGUUCCUCCUUCUAUUGAAUUUAGCGAUGAACUUAGCCUAAAUAAUUCUAAUAAUUCAGAAGAGGUCCAUAUAGACUCAGCUUUUCACUGCGAUGGUUUAUUGUUAUGCACCACCAGGGAUGAACUCGUGGUUUGGAAUCCUUGUUUAGGUGAAACCAUGUGGAUCAAACACAGCGAAGGCAGCAAAAGGGUUAAAGAGAGAAAGCCUAUGUAUGCUUUAGGAUACGAGAACAACCAGUCUUGCCGCAGCUACAAAAUCUUGAUGUUUUGGGAUUGUGACGAAUUAUACGACGGCCAAGUCGAUGGAUUUAAAGUCUAUGAUUUUAACUCUAAUGCGUGGAGAGUUGUUAAUUAUCCCAACUGCUUCAUAAUGAAUUCUCAUGGCGUGAAUUUGAAAGGAAAUGGUUACUGGAAUGCUUAUGAUGACAACUACGUCGACUACAUACUCAGCUUUCAUUUUACAGGAGAGAGAUUUAUACGUUUGUGUUUACCUCCCCCAUCUCAGGGCUGCAUGUAUACGUCUCUAUCAGUUGUUAGAGAAGAACUCUCAGUGUUACGUUGUGUGAAAGGUUCAUCAAAGAUUGAGAUGUGGGUGACGACCAAUAAAAUGGAUACUUCUGCUUCAGAAUUGUCAUGGAGCAAAUCCUUUACAAUGAACUUUGGUUUUCCUGUCUUAGUUUACACGGGUCUUUUAAUCGACGAAGAUAAGAAAGUGGUCUUGUGUAAUACAAUUGUGGGGGACCACUUGAGGGGGGCAUGUACUAUUGGAGAGGAAGAUAAAUAUUACUCAGAAAUCGCUUUUGAAGGAAUGUCUUUAUCACAACCUCCUCAUAUUUUCAAUUAUGUUCCAAGUUUGGUUAGAAUCCAGGAAGGUACUGAAUUAGAUGUUUUUGGUAAAAGUCCUCGUAGGAGAGGGGAUGAUCCUCCUACAAGACGAGGUGAUACUGCAAUGUGUGAUCAUGACUUCCAGUUUUCACAAGAAAUUGAUGACAUGAUGUCCUAAUCAGAUGAAUGGAGAUAGAGUGCACUGAUUUUAGCAGUCGUCUUAGAAGCCGCGGUCGUGGGUGGAAGACGCAGUGUGUUAUCUUGUGACAAAAGUGAUCUCUCCUGAUAUUUAUAAUUUAUUCACCCGUUGAACCCCUCUCUUUGUCUCAUUAUAUCUUUGUAUAAUCAUCGUAGUUUCUGCGAACCUUGAAAUUUCAUUAUCACCUUGAACAAUAUCUCAGUUCUCAAAAAGGAACUCUUUGGCACUCUAUCUUCUUGUAUCUUGUGAACUUUUUUAGCUUUGGCAUUAAUUUUAAAGAUUUUAUUAAUUUCAGUUAGAACGUGUUUGUUUUCCACUUUGAGUGUUGAUUGUAUAGAUGAAGUUGUUCAGGUAAAAUAUUUCCAUACCAAUAAUAUCAUCUCACUGAUUCCAAAAAUAUAUGAUAUAGCGGAUUCCUCCAACUAGUAGAGCGGCGAAUUGAAUCCUGAAAAUCUGGAUAAAGACUUGAAUAUAAUACUGCAAGUAAGUCCUUCCCUCACGAUAUCCUCACUUUCGUGAUAAUUUCAAAACCAAGAGCACGCCAUAAAUCUACUGAAAAAGGUCAAGGCAAUAAAAUGU